AUGACCGAAUCAACAGAGGACCCAGAAGACAUUUGCCUCAUCGAGGAUUUUUCCCCCUCGGAGGCGCUCUUGAUCCAGACGUCCACACGCGCUUUUAUCGAUGUGGGGAAUCCCUCUGUGGACCUGUGGGUGAGGUUGUCCCAUUCGCAGAGAUCAGCAGUAAAAGUUCUCCGCAGGAUGCAGUACUUUGUGGCCAGGAGGAAAUUUCAGGAAGCCCGGAAGCCCUAUGAUGUGCGGGAUGUCAUUGAGCAGUAUUCCCAGGGUCACCUCAACAUGAUGGUCCGCAUCAAGGAGCUCCAGAGAAGGCUGGACGGCACGCUGGGGAAGCCAGGAAUGUUUCUGCCAGGAAAGGGGGAAGAUAAAGAAUUUCCAACGAUUGGAGCUCGACUGAUCCGACUAGAAGAUAAG